GGAUAGACCAACACAUUUUCAUCUCACACACUUGCUGAUAUUGUUAGCUGACUGGUAACCGGUUGAACAUUAACAAUCGACGAGGUCGACUGCAUUAUUUACAUCUCAAUGGGACAAACGUUAUUGUUACCAAGCUCUAUGGCGCUGUCGGUUGAAGUAUUUGAACUCAUAAAGAGCCAAGAAGCCUGGGAGGCAAAAUACAACACUGUAAAGGACCUCUUAGAAAACAUUUCCGUGAGAGAAAAGAUCUGGGAGACGAAAGUACAACAGUUGGAGGACAAGAAAAAGGCCCUCGAGGACAAGUUGGACCUUGCUGAGAAAGACAGGACACCACAGGCUGAACUCUGGUGGAGGGUGAGCCAGUUGGAGCAACAGAUCCACCAGAAGGACGCUGAAGUCCUGGAUUUCAGCGAGUAUAAGUGGAGUCUCUCUCAGAAGCUUAGUGAGACGAGACAAAAGCUGUCGGAGAAAGAAAAGGAACUUGUAGAAUGCAAGGAAAUCUGGGAGGUCAAGUGCAGGGAACUAGACGAGGAGUCCUGUAGGGUCCUGGAAGAGAAAGACCAGUUCUACAAGACCAAAAUCAAACAGAUGCUGGACGACAACGUGGACCUUCAGAAAAACUUCAACGAGGAAUUGGAGGCGAAUGACAAGAGCUGGGUGUCCACAGCCCGACAGAUGGAUAAAGAGAAGAUGCUCCUGGAGGAUAUCUGUCUGGACAUGAAGAAGAAGAUGAGAGGAUUCUUUUCUAGCCGGAGGACCGUGGAUCGAGAGACAAUGUUAGCGAAAAUGAAAAACAAAAUGCUGACGAGGAUGGAAAAGGAAAAGGAGGAGCAGGAAGAGCCGGAGAGGAAGAAGAAGGGUUUUCUUCACUGGAUGUUCAGAAAGAGAAAGAGUGACUGUGAGAGUCAGCUAGAUGAGGAGGCUGCUGGCUGUUCAGCUCAGGUUGAAAAACAGUAGCUCCCUCUUCCUCCACCCUUCACCUCUCCUCCAUUCCUCCACCCCCACCUACGUCUCCACCCUUCCUCCACCUCCCUACCUCAGGUACCUCCGGGGCGACUGUGGCUCAGAGGUAGGUGGAGCAGGUCGUCCACCAAUCGGUAGGUCGGUGGUUCGAUCCCUUUGCUCCGGUCACAUGUCGAUGUGUCCUUGAGCAAGACACUCAACCCCAAAUUGCUCCCGAAGGCUGAGC